AUGCGAAAGGAGGCUGAGGGACUCACAAUUUCGAGAUCGUCAGGCGUAAGACCGAGUAUGUGUCUCUCCAGUAGAUUAUGUGAAAAGCAUGUAGGAGUAUGUGGAAGUUUCCGUCCACCAACAUUCCCGCAAAAUCAUUCCAGAAAACUCAUGAAUACUCCAUGUAUUAAAGUAAUGCAGGCAAUUAGAAUUCACAUACAAGAUGAUUUUAGCGAACUCGAAGAUGCAAUUAAAAGCAGAUUGGGGGAACCAUUUGAUCAAAUCCCUCUCAAAAUUUGUCAAAUUCAACAUGGAAGCCCUAAUGAAAAGCAAAUGGAUCCGGUGAAGUUUAUUUCCGACAUUUUUACCGAGGAACCUAAACCAGAGCACUUCCAUAUCACUUUGCUCCGGCAAUGUAUUAUUUUACCAGUAACGGAAAUAAAAAUUUUAUCCUUCGGUCUCACCCCAGCUUCCACUUCUACUUCUGUUACUGCAAUUGGAAAUGACUCGCUCACGCUAGCGGACGAAGAAGACUUGGGUCUUAGUGAGACAGCCCUUGAAAUUUUGGAAAACGAAGAGGUUAAUGGUCGUGCCUUUCUCAAUAUUACCGAAGAAAAACUCAGAAGCUAUGGUAUGAAAGGUGGACCCGCGUCAAAUAUCGCUGUCUUCGCUAAAGAGUGUAAGGAGAAAAAGAGAAGGGCCUUUUCAACAUACCGCAUUUUGAAAGAGAUGUUAGCAAGAUACGGUAUUGACUCUAAUGGUACGGACACCAUCCCGAUUUUUUCCCUACAAACCCACGAAAUUCAGGAGGAAGACAAAUAUUUUGAGCAUUGUGUGGAGAAUAUUUUAUUCAGGAUGAAGCAUUACGGGUCAUUAGUUGUGGAUAGCUUGGAGUCCAUGCAUAAUGAAUACGUUUCAACUAUACUCCAUACGUCCCUCCAUAUCGCAGAAGAUCUCACGAGAAAGGAAUUUACCAUGAGACCCGAAUACGAGAUAAUUGGUGAAAUUUCUCAAGCAAGUGAGGUUCCCCACACCAUCGAAUUUAACAAGAAGGCCUUGGAUAAAGAAUCCGAAGAAUAUCAAACGUUGCGUAGUGGUGUGAGGAAGGUUUUGGGUGUGAUCGUUGGGUUAAUAAAGGAUAGGGCAUGUUCGGACAAAGAACCUGAUAGGAAGAGGUCUAAGAUAGAGGGGUAUCGUUCGAAAAAAUAA